UCGCAAACCGCCACCAUGCUCAACAUAAAUCGCCAGUUCGGCAAGUUCAUGAAGCGUUCAGCGGAUGAGAGUCAGGUCUCUGUUCUGCUUAAGGAUUUCGAUGAUGCCGAUAAGCUGCUACAGAAGAUCAUUGAAUCGAGUAAAGCAUGGCGCGACGCAUGGUCGUCCAUCUUCACAUACCAGGCUCGACUUAUCCUGGAAUUCGAGCAGCUGUAUAACCCCAUAAUCGGCGCGUCGGAGCCAUCGUCAGACCAUACCCCAGCUGUCGUCCCUGAACACACGUUACACCGUGUAGUCCGAUUGAGAGAGGAAUAUAGUUCAUUAAAGGAAGAUCUAGUCGCGGAAGUGAGUGCUGUCGAUGACCGGAUCAUUCGACCAGCUAUGGACGCAAGAGAUUAUCUUCAGCCGCUGAAAAAAGUUAUAAAGAAACGAGAGGAUAAAAAGCUGGAUUUCGAAAGGUAUCAGGGCCGAGUAGACUCAGCGAGGAAGAAGACAAAACGUUCUGAUAGAGAUAAUGCUGCUUUAGCAAAGGCUGAAGCGGAUUUGGCCAAAGCUACAGAUGAUUACAAUGCUGCUGAUAACCAUCUCCGCUCUAUUCUUCCAGGGAUAAUAACAGCAACCUUCUCUAUUCUCCCACACCUUCUGGGCGCACAGAUCGAGAUUCAAAACACUCUGCUGGCUCUUUACUAUACCUCACUCCACACAUACUGUGAAGAGCAGCAGCUCCCGUCUCCCCCACCACCAAUGGAGGAUAUAAUCCGGGCAUUUGAGGAGAAUUUCCUCAAUGUACAACGUGAGAUAGAAAGUUUCAACUGCAUUGCCGGCGGUAAGACUGCCCGUCAGCCCCGGACAUCCGGCGACCAGAGGAACGGGAACCACGGCUUGUCAAAUGGCCGGCCAGUUAUUGGUGCUAGCAGCAACUCGCGCAAGCCAUCUACCUCUCCUAAAUCCCUUUCUCGCCUGCCAUCUACCCCGUCAUUGGACCCCAGACCCCGAAUCGGCCGCUACACAUCUUCCUCUCAGCUCGACACCUCUCCCGACCAUCAACACAACUCUCCCUCUCCAGCACACGAGCCCCCAAGCAACAAUACUGUCCACCAUUUUUCUCCCGCACCUGCACCCCCACACAACCCACCCCAUUAUGUUCCUCCCAUACCCACCAGUACGAAGCCAAUCCAGGCCACAACCCCUUCUAUGGCUGGGAUAGCAUCUCUUGCAGCCGCGGCUGCGAAAAAGAAACCUCCACCUCCACCGCCACCACGGACGCCAUCCGCCAGCCAAAUUCAAUUUGUUACUGCACUCUAUGACUUUGGCGGGCAGGGAGCUGGAGACCUUGUAUUCAAGGAAGGGGAUCGAAUCCGUGUCAUCAAGAAGACGGAUAGUACUGAUGACUGGUGGCAGGGAGAAUUGCGUGGUGUCAGGGGCAGUUUCCCCGCAAAUUACUGCUCGUGA